AUGGAGUAUGAAACAACAGCGAAUUGCGCAGUCCAUGAGGGUUGCCACAGUGGUGCUGGUCUUGUUUGGAGGUUCAGAGGCAGGUGGGAGACAGAGACCACGUACAAGCUCCAUGUUUCUUAUGCAGAUGACCACAGUGGGGACGUGCGCGCGAAGACUCGAAGUGCCAAAGCUUCUUCUCCGACCCUUUCAGUCCAAGACCACCAACAUGUCAUAGAAGCUGCAGAGUUUCUUCUUAUGCAUGGAAUGAAACCGACUCCCUCAGCUGUGGCUGUUAGGCUGAAAGCUGCUGGCCACGACCGUGUGGCGGACAAGCCCAUGCGGAGUGUCCUCCAGUGGCGGCACCGAAAUUUUGGCGACGCAACUUCUGAGUUCCUCCGAAGUGAAGAGCAAUUCGAGAGCUUUGCUUCGCAGUACAUGAAUCCGGAUGUAGGUCCCAUUGCCUUCUCCUUUUUGGAUGUACGAGCGUUCAGCUGGGUGGUGCUGUGUGUCUCCUUCUUCGACUUGUUGCAGGAGCAGCAUGAUGCGGGCCUGCUGGAGAUAUUUUGCCUCACGAGCGACUUCACUUUUAAUUUGGAGUGGAUGGGUUUCAGCUACGGCAUCAUUGCUUUGAUCGUUAUGAGGAAGUUGGCUGGGCUGUGGCGGCGCAGCACUUGGCCCCUUGUAGUUCUCUGUGGAAAGCGAGAGAACCGCGAUCAGUAUGAGAGGGGCUUUGCAGCCCUGAAGGCUGAGCUGUUGAGACGGAAUAUUCGGUUUCCUGACCAAAUCAAUCUGGACUAUUUCGCUGGAUCUCGGGAGGCAGUUUCUGCCAUCUUUCCGCGUGUCCGACAGGUGCCGGACAUGUGGCACCAGAGACAGAACUUGAUCCGCAAUGAUCGUAAAGGACAUGCGGCAAAGCACCUUCGCCAAGAAGGCUUGUCCCAAUCGCCCAAAGCCAAGGCAAAGGCGAGAGCAAAGCCGAAGGCAAAGGCGAAAGCAGGGGCGCAGGCCAGGCCCAAAAAGCAGAAGCAGGAUGCUCCUCACCUUUCGAGAAGGAACAUCGGCGCCUGGCUGGUGCUGCUUACAGAGUUUUUGUUCUUGCCGACACGUGCCUUCUUUCACACAAUCCUCAAUGCUGUGCUUCAAAGGGUGCAGUACGUUUGGCAAGAGACGCGGUGGUUGGCAUACUACCAGAAACAGUACGUUUCUCAAAAGCCCAGACAGGAACAAGAAGACGGGUCUUCUUUCUUUUGGCAUGGUCCCUGGUGGUCGGGCCCUGGUUCUGGUUUGCGCGGUCGGCCAGCUUCGCAGCAGCCGAUUGAGUCUCUGAACAGCGCCUUCAAGCGCUUGAUGAGAAGCUUCUUGUCUGCAAUGUCAGGGUUUGGGGGAGGGGGUGGGGGGAGGAGGCAAGAUUUCUCACAGGUUGACUGCUCGUUCCCCACAUAUCUGGUUGCUACAUGUUCGUAUUCUGGACUGGGCUUAUAUUGCUCUGUUUUCCAGAUCAAGUCAGUCAGCCGGAGGUCAGCGCAGGCUGAACACGCAUGCCGCGGUUGUGACUUCGCUUUGCGAGGUCUUGGAGACCUGGGCAGAGCCUUUGCUUGCAAACGAGGAGCAUGGCCAGAAUGUGGUGUCCCUCCGAGCCCCGCCAGACAACCUGUCCAUGGGUUGUCCCACCUCCCCGGACGACUGGAUGUGGUCAACUGGGCGGGUCCUUAG